GAUUAUGUCUUUCACGUCUGGAUGGAUUUGAAGGGAUUGAUUUGACUCUAAAAUAAUUGAUGUCCUGUUCGUAGGAGUUAUCUGAUUGCGUCCAAGUUUCCAACGAGGAACCUGCCAACCACUGGUGGACAAGCAGAAAUGGUGCCCAACAAGGCGGCAGUAUAUAAUAAAAAUGCGUCCUUCGAGCAUAUCAAUCAAUCAUUCAGAUCCCUGAUAGAAAUGAGUACUGUUCCUGUCAAUGGAAGGAUCACCUUUUUCGUUCGACGGCCUCAUUUUCUGAGAAAGUCGUCUCCACGUCAGGCAUAUUCCCAAGUUUGGAAAUUUUCAGGUAUUGGGGGUGGUGGGAUGGGCCUCGGCCAUCUUCUCCAUACGAUGUGCAAGAUACUACUAGUUACUGGUUGUUUGCAGGUCAUUAUGCCUUGCUAUCAUGUCUCUCAAGUAUAGUAAUACGCCAGAUUUGCGAUGUCUCAACCAAAUUCUAAUUUCCGAUGCCGUAUCAGCCGGCAGCAAGAAAGAUUGCCUGUUCGAACCCGAGUCCUUAACAGAUCCAAUGUAGCAAGUGGAGAAGGAUU